AUGCUCCCCUGGGACGAGGGCCUCUACAGCUUCCCCGUGCCCUGGGCCGUCCGCUGCAUCUGCUUCUCCCACGUCCAGCUCGUGCGCGACGCGCGCUUCGAGAUGAUCGUCAACGGCACGAUCGGCCUCGUCGCCGUCGCGCUCACGCUCCACCUCAUCAACAAGCCGGACCUGUCGAAGCCGUCCUCCGCGGAGCUCUUCUUCUUCGUCACCCUCGUCAAGUUCCUGUCGCUCUUCGUCUUCGCGGCGGAGAUGGUCGUCAAGAUCGUCGCCGAGGGCACGCGGCCGCUGAGGUACUGGACGGGGCCCGAGAGCGGCAUCAACACCUUCGACUCGACCAUCGUCAUCCUGUCCUUCGCGCUGAUGGGCGGCGGCGGCGGCGAGGCCAUUCUGCCGGUGCUGCGCCUCGCGCGCCUCGUGAAGUUGCUGAACCGGUCGCCGGAGACGCGGCGCGUGCUCUACGGCAUCAUCGCGGGCUUCCGGGCCAUGGCGUCCAUCGUCGUCCUGCUGACGAUGAUCCUGUUCUUGUACGCCAUCAUCGGCGUCAAGAGCUUCGGGGAGAACGACCCGGCCCACUUCGGGACGCUGCCCGUGGCCAUGCUCACGCUCUUCGUCGCGUCGACGCUGUCCGACUGGAGCCACAUGAUGGCCAUCAACUACAAGGGCUGCGACAAGGGCGGCGAGGACUGGGGCUACGUGCUCACCGACGAGCUGACGAAGUUCGAGACGGCCGUGGGCCGCUUCUACAACUACGACUGCUACGACCCGACGCCCCGGAAGUUCGACGCGAUCGUCUACUUCUACUCCUUCACGCUGCUGACGGCCUUCGUCGUCCUGAACCUCUUCAUCUCGGCCAUCGACAUGGCCAUGUUCGACAUCUUGUACGCCGACAAGGUCGAGGAGCACGCGGAGAACGCGGAGAAGGACGAGGGCGCGGCGCCGCCGCCCGUGACCGCGAGCCGCCGCAUGUCCUUCGCGGACCCGCAGGCCAUGGUGCCCGGCGCGGCGAUCCCGGGCAAGCGCGCGUCCAUCCUCGCCGAGGCGGGCCUCGCGGGCACGGCGACGAAGCGCGCGUCCAUUUUAGCGGACGCGGGCCUCACGCCGUCGCUCGCGCCGCCGCCCGAGCGCAAGUCGUCGACGGGCCUCGUCGGCGGCCUCAGCGCCGCCGCGACGAACCUGAAGCGGGGGUCCAUCUUCGACAUGGUGCGCAUGGGCCCCAUGGGCGGGCGCAAGUCCAUCGCGCCGCCGAAGACGGCCGAGGAGAUGUGCACGCAGAUGCUCGAGGGCCCGGAGAAGGAGAACUUCGACGCGGUCUUCGAGCAGUUCUUCGAGCCGCGCAUCUCGAAGCUCGACGAGGAGGAGGAGGACCUCGGCGCGCUGAAGCCCCUCGUGACGACCGCGCGGUGGAUCUGCAACGGCCACGUCUUCCCGACGAUCGUCGUCGUCUGCAUCCUCAUCGCGGGCCUCAUCGAGGCCUUCGCCAUCGACCCGGAGGAGCCCGUGGACGAGGACACGCUCGCGCUCAUCGACACGUCCGUGCUCGGCGUCUUCUGCGUCGAGUGCGUGCUGAAGAUUUUGGCGUGCGGCCGCGCGCCGUACCGCUACUUCGCGGACUCGUGGAACGUCUUCGACUUUGUGAUCGUCUGCAUCUCGGUGCUGGGCAUGAUCCCCGCGGCGGCGGACUCCAUCCCCGGCGUCGCCAUGCUGCGGCUGCUGCGGCUGUUGAAGCUCGUGAACUUCUACCCCGCGCUGAACGUCGCGGUGUCGUCGAUCAUCAAGGCGUCGGCGAACAUCUUCUACGCGGCCAUCGUGCUCGUGCUCGUGGUCUACGUCUACGCCGUCAUCGGCAUCCUCAUCUUCCGCGUCAACGACCCGGGCCACUUCGGGACGCUCCACCAGGCCAUCGCGGCCGUCUGGGCCGUGUGCACGACGGACGGCUGGGACGUGAUCAUGUACACGAACAUGUACGGCUGCGUGCGCUUCGGCUACCCCUUCAACGAGGUCGAGUGCGCCAACUCGCGGAGCUUCGGCUGGAUCGCGGCCUUUUACUUCACGUCCCUGGUCCUCGUGGGCGCGUGGAUGCUCCCGACGGUCAUCAUCGGCAUCACGACGAUCGCGUUCGCCGAGUCCACGGAGGAGAUCAAGGAGGAGUACGCCCAGCUCAAGAUGGCCCUCGACGUGGCGAAGAAGGCGGCGGUCCUCUUCGACACGCCCUGCAUCGGCCCGGACAUCGUGCCCCUGUUCCACGGCGUCUACAUGCGCAUGGCCGAGGAGCAGGUCAAGGCGAAGAUGCUCGAGUUCCGCAUCGAGACGACGCAGCAGCAGGAGGGCAACGGCGGCCUGCGCGACUUCAUGAUGCGGCCCCUGGUCAAGUACCUCUGCGCCAACUACCUCACGGGCCUGCUGCCGCCGAACCGGACGCGGCUGAGCGACGACAAGUGCAACGCGAUCUUCGAGGCGGCGUGCGCGGACUACUGGAAGGAGGCCAAGUGCCCCUGGCCCACGUUCCUGUUCCUCCUCAACUUCCUCAAGUGCAGCGCCAUGUACAUGCCCGACGAGGCCGAGGGCGACGAGGAGUUCAGCGACGAGGACGAGUCCGACCGGGGCGCGCCGAAGAAGCGCAUGUCGCAGCGGCUGAGCGCGCUCGGCUCCGCGAUCUGGGGCAGCCAGAAGACGGAGCCCCGGUCGAAGAAGAAGAAGAAGAAGCGGAAGAAGAAGAAGGAGAAGACGACGCCCGAGCCCCUGGCCGAGGAGACGAAGAUCCCGGACCCCUUCGGCGACGUCGCCGGCGCGGGCCUCGCGGAGGCGCAGCACCUCAACGAGCUCGCGCGCAAGGCCCCCGUGCUCGGCGAGACCAUGGAGUUCCUCGAGGAGACGGAGAAGGGCCUCGAGACGGAGCUCGUCGGCGUCGGCACGCCCUCGAAGGCGGCCCAGCGCCAGUCGCUCGUCGCGCAGUUCUUCUGCGGCGAGACGGACCCGGAGGGCCGCGCGAACGCGCCGGGCGACUUCCCCGCGAGCCCCUUCUGCAGCGGCGGGCGCGGGGGCGCCGGCGACGCGCCCGCCGAGGACCCGCCCGCGCCCCCGAAGCAGUGACCGCGGCGCGGCCCGCCCCUCCCCCCCCCGCGACCGCGGCCGGCCGGCGGCCCCGCCCGACCAAGACGCCCCCCUCCCGCCGCCGGCCCCGGUACCGCGGACCCCCGCUCUCCCCCCGUGUCCCGCAUGCAUUUAGAGUUUGUUGCUUUU